AUGACCUUCACAGCGCUUCAGAGACGGCGAACGAGAGGAACAGUCCUACUCACUGCUCUUUGGACGAUGCUCAGUAUCGUGAUCCUCACCACCCAUGCGAAAAAAGGGCGCUGUUUAUCAGUUGCCGAAGCCAAAUCAAUAGACAUUGCUGCGGAUGGUUCCAUCGCAACCACAAGCUCCAUGCCGUGGCAAAGAGGGGGCGCACAAGCACAACCUCAGCCUUACAUGGUGGUAGCAACUGUUGAUGGAUCUGUCAUGGUAUUGGAUGCCCAAACGGGGACUUCUGUACAAAUAUUUGGAUCCGGAAUGCCCUUGGUAUCGCCUUCCUCCCACCUUCCUAGCGGACGACGCAUUGUUCCGGGUUUGGACGGACGAUUGUAUGUCACAGCCUUGCCUCAGCAACAACAACAACAACAAGCUUCUUCCAAUAAUCAUAAUAAUGAUGGAAUGCCAGGGGACAAUGGAGGACCUCCAAGUGAGGACAGUGGGGGUGGCACGACGGCGGGAAAUGUCUUGCAACCCUUGGGGAUCACUGUCAUGGACGUAUUACACAAUCCUGUCAAGACUUGCAAUGCCAAUAAUCCUCAGCAAGAGGAGUGUGGGAUUGUGACCGCUACCAAAUCGACGUCCCUUUUUGCCAUUGAUUCAGCAUCGGGGAACUUAGUUUGGCAUCAAAGUCCAAAUGGCGAAACCAUUCAACAUGACCCACCGUCGGAUCAAGACCGCCAUAAUCGAGAGGAGCAUCCGCAACAAGCAAAAUUCACCGUUCUAUUGCAGCGGGAAGAUAUCAUGGUCCAACAAAUAUCGACCGAUUCUGGAUUGUCUGUAUGGAAUGUUACCUUGGGAUCCUUUCAGGGUCUCGAGUUUGGUUGUAAUUCUCGUAAAGAAAGAAGAGGUGGAGGACAUGGCGACGACAUGUUCUUGCCGGGGGGACGCAAGCCAUUGGAUACCAAUUCCAACUUUUUGUUGGAUUCGUCUCUGUCGUCGACGCCAAAUCGUCAUCCCGAUGAUGACGAAGAAAACAACGACCAUUUACCCAGUGUUGUAUUUGGUUCUGAUGGUAUGACACUAACGGCUGUCGAUCCAGUUCAUGGAACCUCGUUGUGGAAUAGAGAAUUCACAACGGUGGUGGCAUCCGUCUUUGGACUCAAUGGAAAAUCAUGGAGGCCACUGACAGUCUUGGAAGGUACCUCCGAGGAUCCUUCUUCCACAUCAUCGCCUGGUUCGCAAUCGGCAGCACUUCCCGAAGGAGCGACUGGUAUGACCUUGUAUCGACCACCCUCCAUGGAGGAAAUCUUUGUCCAAAACGAAGGAUACUUGGAACACCUGGAUUUUCUUUACAAGUUGGCCGAGGAACAACCAUACAAUCUGAAACAACAGCAGGAGCAGAAUAGGCUACUAUCUCCAUUUCCUGCCAUUCCAGAUGAUUUACAAUCACGGAGGCAUGCGAUGAACAAGUUACUGGGAUGGGAAGUUGACGAUGAAACCAUCAGCGCAACUACACCCAGACCAGAUCAAUUGGCGCUCCCGAGUCCCGAUGAUUAUACGCUUCCACAGUAUGAUAUCCGUUCGGAAGGUGUCUUCUUGCAGUGGCCAGUGAUUCUCGCUCUGCUUUGCUCUGCUGCAGUAGUGUUUCAAAAAUGGUACGAGCAUCAAAAGAAACAGUGGUAUCAGGAUUUUGAAGCCAAUGCUGAAUUGACCGUGACUGCAACCUCAACGGAUGUCACCCAUGGUAUCCUGGAGCCAGAAAAGCCAGGAGGCAACCCAAUGCGGUUCUUGAUGCAUAAAGAGCGCACAAUCAAUCUUCGUCAACAACUUUCCAUGCCGGGAGAAGAUCAACCGCCCCCUGGCCCUCCACAAGUUCACAAUGUAUCCAUGACCUGGGUGCAACCCUUGAGUCCCAACGGCGUGGGACCAAAUGGUCAACCAGCGGUACCAGAAGCAGCUGCACCGAUUGUUCCGGCAGCUGGAGUUGAGUUGCAACCAGUUGCUCCAGCACAAUCUCAGCAAGUGCAAGAGCGUUGGGAAAAGGAGGCUUUGGGACUGUCUUUCAAUGCCAAAACGUUUUGGAUGGCCUUCCAGCAACGACUCCAACGAACCCUGCGAGAGGUCAAGAGUUUGGCCCUGCUAGACCAUCCCAAUAUUGUGCGCUACUACACGGCCUGGCUCGAACUUGGGAACAAUAGCGACGACACAGGCACCGAUGGGGGGGCUGGUGUCAGUGACUACUACCUAUUUUCGGGAUCCAAUGCGGGUGCCACGACGGAGGCGAAAACAUUGACAAACCGUGUUACCUCAUGGAGAAGACCAAGCAUGGAGCAGGUGCGACGAAUGGCGGACUACAAUCCUUUGGGUGGAUGGAAGAUGGAAGACGAAGAGAUCUCCUUUGGCCACAACAUUCCAGGUGUCCCGAAAAGUUUGGAGGACUAUGGAUUUACCUUCGACCGAAGUGACGAAGAAGUACAUGAAAACAAUGAUGCGGAGAAUUCCGAGUGGCUGGAUGAAGACAAGGAUCAAACAGAAGGCACCAAUCACAAUGCUCUGGUUCAAUAUCCAAUGUCAUUCGCUUCACAAUCGUCGAGGCAAGGUAUGUUUUCACGUCACCAUUCAAUGGUUUCGAUUGCCAGCAGCGUUGAAGAAUCGGAGUCAAGAUCAUGCUCCAAUGGCUACAGCGCGUCCGCGCAAAAAUCUAGUACAAACGGGAAGCAAGGACAAACUGAUGGUCAAGACACUCCGUCCUUAUCAACCAAACAUCUCCUGUACAUUCAGAUGCAAUUUUGCAGUCAAAAGACGUUGGCAGACUUCUUGACAAACAAAGAUGCACGACAGGGGCCGUCCAUCUCUGAUGCUGUCGAUAUUCCCUAUGCGUUGAACUUAUUUCUCCAGAUUGCCCAAGGAGUUGAGCACGUUCACACUCAAGGAUUGAUUCACAGAGAUCUCAAGCCCAAUAACUGUUUCAUUGACGAAAGUGGAGUCGUCAAAGUUGGAGACUUUGGGCUAAGUCGAGAAGCAGGGGAAACGCAGGAAGACGACAACACUGUUGAUCUUGGGAAUGAUGUUAGCGCGAUAGGAGACAUUACGGCAGGUGUUGGUACCCGUUCCUAUGCAAGUCCAGAACAAAUGAAAGGUUCUGAUUACGACUCUAGCACGGAUGUGUAUUCACUGGGUAUCAUUUUGUUUGAACUCUGCUAUCCGAUGUAUACGGGAAUGGAACGGUAUAUUGUAAUGAAUCAGCUGCGAAAUCAGUGUUUCCCAGACCAAUGGAACAAUUGUAUGAAGCCUGCCUUUCCCGGUUUGCACAGCUUGCUUGUUUCCAUGAUUUCGAUUAAUCCCAGAGAUCGACCCACAGCUCAUGUCGUUGUGGAACGAAUACAGUCUAUUCUAGGCGGGCUCACGAUCUCGUCUUUGGACAAGAAACACCAACACGAAGGUGCAAUCCUAUUGAGGAUCGAAGCACAACCGCGGGAAGAUGUACUCCGACACACCAUUGAACUACUGAAAGAGUCCGCGAGACCAACCGAUGUCGAUGUCCUUCAGUACGGACUUCGAGGCGGAACGAAUGAAGCUGUAAUGGAAUUCGCCAUUAGUCUCGUCGGGGGGACCUCCCAAGACACUUCGUCGAUGGUUGAAAUAUUGGUGAAUCGAAUGAAGGAAUACCCUGAAAUUCUUCUGAUUCGUCAAGUAUCAGCAACAAAGUAUAACUAG